CUCGUAUUCGUAAACUUGUUCCAGUCACGCAUUCAGUCAGUGUAGUUUAGGUAACGUUACCGUAUGUACGUUGUUAAUCGAAUGUGUUAAGUUGAAUCGUUUUCGUAUAAAGUAACCCCUGCAGGUGACCUUGUGUUGUCAAGUGAUAAAAAAGAACUGCGAAGAGAAGAAAAAAACUUUAAAAUGUCUGAUAAUACACAAGAUCUAAUAAAGGAGGCAGCGGCCGCGGCCGCUGUGAGUGGAUCGCUAUUUAGCACAUUCGACAUAAUAAUGCUUAUCAUCUUAUUUGGGGCAGCAGCUUGGUGGCUAUACAGUUCCAAAAAAGAAAACAAAACAGAUGAUUUACUUCUGAGCAAAUAUUCAAUUCAGCCAGCUGGAGCAAUACAAGUUACAGAGAACUCUUUUAUAAAGAAGCUACAAUCUUCUGGUAGAAGUCUUGUAGUAUUUUAUGGGUCACAGACGGGAACUGGUGAGGAGUUUGCGGGCCGACUUGCCAAGGAAGGCAUACGAUACAAAAUGAAGGGAAUGGUCGCAGAUCCAGAAGAGUGCGAUAUGGAAGAGCUAACGAAAUUGAAGGAUAUACCAAAUUCUCUUGCCGUUUUUUGUGUAGCGACGUACGGUGAAGGUGACCCCACAGAUAAUGCUAUGGACUUCUAUGAAUGGUUAAAGAAUGGAGACCCAGAUUUGACAGGAUUAAAUUACGCUGUGUUUGGACUUGGCAAUAAAACAUAUGAACAUUUUAAUUCAGUUGCAAUUUAUAUAGACAAACGUCUUGAAGAAUUGGGCGCUACAAGAGUAUAUGAGUUGGGGCUCGGUGAUGAUGAUGCAAACAUUGAAGAUGAUUUCAUUACUUGGAAAGAAAAGUUCUGGCCUGCUGUUUGUGAAAAGUAUAAUAUUGAAAGCACUGGUGAAGAAGAAUUAUUGAGACAAUUCCAUCUUGUAACUCAUGCCCCUGGUGAAAUAGCAAGCAAUGAAAUAUUUACUGGUGAAAUUUCUAGACUACAUUCAUUGCAAGUUCAAAGGCCGCCUUACGAUGCUAAGAAUCCAUUCCUAGCUCAAAUUAAGGUUAACAGAGAAUUGCACAAGGGUGGAGACCGAUCAUGUCUACAUGUUGAACUGGAUAUUUCAGAUUCUAAAAUGCGAUAUGAAGCAGGUGAUCAUGUGGCUGUGUAUCCCAUUAAUGAUGAAAACUUAGUAAUUAGAUUAGGAGAAUUGACUGGUGCAGAUCUGGAUGAAGUCUUUUCGCUCAUUAAUACCGACCAAGAGAGCACCAAAAAGAAUCCAUUCCCAUGCCCAACCUCAUACCGUACUGCACUCUCUCACUAUUUAGAAAUAACAGCAUUGCCGCGCACACAUAUUCUACGUGAACUUGUAGAGUACUGCUCAAAUGAAGAGGAUAAGAAGAAACUACUUCUCAUGGCAACAAACUCGCAAGAAGGCAAAGCAUUGUACCAAUCAUUUGUAGUAGACAGCUGUAGAAACAUCGUACACAUUUUGGAGGAUAUUAAGUCAUGCAAACCACCGCUUGACCAUAUUUGCGAACUGCUACCUCGCCUCCAACCAAGAUACUAUUCCAUUUCAUCGAGUCCUAAACUGUACCCGGAGACGGUGCACGUGACGGCGGUGGUGGUGCAGUACGAGACGUCGACGGGGCGCGUCAACAAGGGCGUGGCGACCACUUGGCUGGCGGAGAACAAGCCCGAGCCGGGCAAACCGCUGCCACGAGUGCCUGUGUACAUCAGGAAGUCGCAGUUCAGGUUACCAUUGCAAACUCAAACCCCGAUACUGAUGGUCGGUCCCGGUACUGGGCUGGCUCCAUUCCGAGGUUUCCUGCAGGAACGCUCUUUCGCUCGUCAAAAUGGCAAAGAAGUCGGAGACACCAUCCUUUACUUCGGCUGCAGGCAUCGGGAUCAGGACUAUCUUUACCAAGAGGAAUUGGAGGAGUAUGAAAAAAAUGGUGACGUCAUACUCAAUGUAGCGUUCUCGAGAGACCAGGCCGAGAAGAUAUACGUCACUCACAUGCUGGAGAAGAACCUGGAUCAAAUCUGGGAUGUCCUCGGAAAGAGAAACGGACAUUUCUAUAUUUGCGGUGACGCUAAAAAUAUGGCUGUAGACGUCCGUAAUAUUGUGCUGAGGGCUGUGAGAGAAAAGGGAGGUCGUACGGAGGCCGAAGCGGCACAAUUCCUCAAGAAACUUGAGUCUAUGAAGAAAUAUUCUGCUGAUGUAUGGAGUUAAAACUUCAUAUUUUGAUUAUUCAUCUAGCCUAAUUUUUAGCUUUGAAAUGUAAAUGUUCAACAAUUGUAGUUACGAUGAAAUAUUUCUUGUGACAUUACGUACCUACGUGAACGCAUUAUAGCGGGGUUACAACAUUUUGAUAACUUAUUAUUAAUGUUAUAAACACAGAUUCAAAAGCAACUUAAACUUUAUUUAUUCGUGGCUAAAUAUAUAUAUAUAUAAAUUAUUUUCUGGGAUUAACCAGGGUUAAAGCACAAGUUAUGUUACA